CCUCCAAACUCCUCCAAAUUCUUUCCGUUCAGUCCAUCGCUGCAGGCAGUGUACCCAACCACCCUCGUAACCUCUCUUCCCCACCAAAAGAAACAAUGGUUCAAGGAUCCCUCAAGAAAACCAAGCCCUCGGGCGGCUCGACCUCGAAACGUCCCACCGCUCUCGCCCCCAAACGCGGACCCCGCCAGAUCGCCCCCAAGAAAGCCUCCCUCAUCAAGCAGCAGAAAUUGACCAAGGUUCGUCGUCGCCCCUCUGAGCUAGACUCUGUCACCGAAGACCCCGACCCAAACCCACCCCCCGUCCCAGAAACAAAGCAUGGCGCGACUAACCCUUCUCCGGCGACACAGAAACUCACGGCCGGGUUGACCGCGCGCACGGAGAAGAAUCUCGCGGAGCGGGCGGGUCACCUGGAGUUGUUGGCCGGUGGGAAGAAGGAUAAGAAGGCGGAUGCGGCGAAGGGGAAGAAAUAAGAACCUGCGGGGGAGUUGCUUUUGCUUUUGCUUUUUGUUUGUGAGGAAGGGGGAUGAGGGGUCGAAGAGAAGGGAGCCAAGUCGAGGAAAGAUACAUACAUACUAAAGUUUCUGGAGGGGAUUAGGAUACAUACGAGUAAUGAAAUUAGAUACCCUUGUUCUUUUGGCUGCUUGAGUGGUUGAGAUUUGUUGGGUUUCCUUGGUGCUUGAUUGUUCUACGAAUUCGGUGGUACGGGAAC